AUGAGUUCAGAGUACUCGUAUGACGAGCAGGGCCAGUUCUUCCCCUUCUUCAUCCUCACCCUCACCGGCCUGGUCACACUCCCCCUGACCUACACCCUCGUCUGCCCCAGCAAGGACGACGAUGCCCUGGCGCCGCGCAUCAAGACCGACUACAAGACGGAGCAUGCCGCCACCGUCGACGCGCUGAGGACCACCCAGAAGCGCAAGCAAUGGCGAGUCAAGCGGGCCAUUGUGGUCGUGGUGGGGUGGGCCGUCAUGGCCGGCAUGGUCUACCUCAUCAUGGUGACCCAGCGCACCGUUCCUAAGCUCUGGAACCCCUAUGAUAUCCUGGGCGUCUCCGAGUCCUUCACCGAGAAGCAGAUCAAGUCCCACUACAAGCGACUAUCUGUCAAGUUCCACCCCGACAAGGUCCGACCCGACCCGGCCAAGAACGAGACCCUCGAGACCCUCAACGACUACUACGUCGAGCUCACCAAGGCCUACCAGGCCCUGACUGACGAGGACGUCCGCAACAACUACAUCCAGUAUGGCCACCCCGACGGCAAGCAGAGCUUCAGCAUGGGCAUCGCCCUCCCCAUGUUCAUCAUCUCCGAUGGCAACGGCAAGUACGUCGUCCUCGUCUACACCCUGCUCCUCGGCGUCCUGCUCCCCUACCUUGUUGGCUCGUGGUGGUACGGCACGAAGCGCAGGUCCAAGGAGGGCGUCCUGAUGGAGAGCGCCAACAACCUGUUCCGACAGUACGAGGAGGGCAUCGAGGAGGGCGCCAUCAUCACCGCUCUCAGCACCGGAAAGGAAUUCGAGGAAGUGUUCAAGGGCGACAAGGCCGAGGCGGGUUUGUCCAAGAUUGAGUCGCGCAUCACUGCUGAGAGUGACACCGUCCCUCUCGCCGCCGGCAUGUCAGUCAAGGACAAGGAACAGCUCGAGGACCUCGACAACGGCGUGCGACGAAAGGCUCUCGCUCUGUUGUGGGCGUACCUGGGCCGCGUCGAGCUCGAUGACCCUGCUCUCACCAAGGCCAAGUACGAAGUUGCCCCCAUCGCCCGCGCUCUGAACCAGGCUUUCGCCGCCAUCUCGCUCGCCUACGGAAACAUUGACCCCAUUGCCGGUUCCUACUCCACCAGCCAGCAUCUGAUCCAAGCCAUCCCUCCCAAGGCCUCUCCCCUUCUCCAGCUCCCCCACUUCGACAACUCCAUUGUUGCUGCUGUCGAGGGCGACUCUAAGACGCACAUGUCUGUCCAGCAGUUCAUGGACCGCCCCGACGCUAUCCGAAGACAGCUCGCUGUCGGCAAGGACCUCCUGACCGAGAAGCAGUACGAGAGUGCCAUCACUGUCGCAAAGCAAAUCCCUUUCCUCCGUGUGGCCAAGGCCUUCUUCAAGGUCACUGGCGAGCGCUUCAUCAUCCCCUCUUCCCUCGUUACCCUGGUCAUCAAGGGCCGCUUCAUCCCCCCUGGCACUGAGAACAUCCCCGCCGUCAACGAGCUGGACCUCGAGGACAUCGAUCCCGAUGAGGACGACCUCGAGGGCAACAGUGGAAAGAAGAAGAUGAUCAAGGGUCCCGAUGGCAAGCCUAUUCCCGUUGACGAGCAGGCCAUUUCUCCCCCUCUUGCUUUCGCUCCCCACUACGCUCGCGAAGUCUCCCCCAGGUGGUACGCCUUCCUCAGCGACUCCAAGCAGGGCAAGAUGGCCGUCCCCCCCUUCGCCUUCGCCAAGUUCGACCAGCCUAUUGUUGACGACAAGGGCAACCCUACCUUCAACAUGCAGACUCUCAAGGCUCAGUUCGCUGCCCCCCCUCAGGCUGGUCACUACACCUUUGUGCUACACGUUGUCUGCGAUGCCUAUGUUGGCUUCGAUACUAAGAUGGAGGUUACCUUGGUGGUCGAGGAAGCCAGCAAAGCUGCAGCAAUGCAGGCCGAGGAUGACAUCAGCGAGCCUGAUGAGGACACUCUUGCUGGCCAGAUGCAAGCCCUGAAGACUGGCCAGGCUCCCAAGCCCCGCCGAAAUGACGAUGAUUCGGAUGACGAGAGUGGCACCGAAGAGGAAGAGGAGGACACCAGCGCGACCAACACGGAUACCGAGGACGAGUCAUAG